AUGGAGGUGGGUGGAGUAUGGUGCAUUUUAGGUGACUUCAACGCAAUCAGAUCUAAAAUAGAAAGGAAAGGGACCAGAGAGUUUCAUAGUAGAGGUGAGAUGGAAGGAUUUGAUGAAUUCAUAGUAGAAGCUGAUUUGGUGGACCUCCCUUUGAUAGGUAGGCGGUUCACUUGGUCUAACUUGGAGGGUUCGUUUAUGAGUCGUAUUGAUAGAUUUUUAGUCUCGGAUGGAUGGUUAGAGCAUUGUCCUAAUUGUUACCAGCGGUGUUUGGAUAAAAAAUUGUCUGAUCAUUGCCCGAUCAUGAUAAAUGCUUGGAGAAAGUUAGAGGUUCAAGGAUGGGGUGGUUAUGUAUUAAGAGAAAAACAUAAGUUGAUCAAAUUGAAGCUAAAAGAGUGGAGUAAAGAGCACACAGAGCAUCUUGAUGAUAGAAUAGAAGGAGAAAAAAGGAAAGUGAAUGAGUUGGAUUGCAAGGGAGAAAAAUCAAUGUUAUCGACUGAUGAGGUGAAUUUGAAAAGAGAACUUACAGCUCAGUUAUUGUCUAUGGUGAAAUUGAAGACUAGUAUGCAGUGGCAAAAGUUGCGGAUGAAAUGUCUUAGUGAAGGAGACACUAAUACAGAGUUUUUCCACCGUUGUAUUACAAAUAGGAGAAAGAAGAAUGAGAUAUUGUGUAUAAAGAAGGAUGGAUCCAAGAUGUAUGAAGUUCAUGAAAUUAAGAAAGAGAUGAUCGAAUUCUUUACAGAAGUUUAUGGGGGUAACAAGGAUAAACGUGCAAUGCUCUUGGAUUUCAAAUUUAAGCGAAUUGAUAUAGAGGCUAACGAAUUUUUUACUGCAUCUUUUUUCGAAAAGGAAGUGAGAGAUGCGGUGUGGGAAUGUGAUGGCAUGAAAAGCCUGGGCCCUAAUGGAAUUAAUUUGGGUUUUUCAAAGAGUUUUGGGAAUUCUUAA